AUGAAUUUUGCUGCUAGGCGUUUUAUGGCGGCUAUGGGUCCUCCUGGAGGUGGUCGAAAUGAUAUAACAAGCAGAUUUACUAGGCAUACGAACGUGCUAGGCCUUAAUGAAUUCGAUGACACCACCAUGAUGCGCAUCUUCUCAACCGUUGCUGACAUUCAUUUCCAGCGUGGAUUUGAAGCCUGCUUCAGCCGACUUGGCAAGGUUGUUUAA